CAGUCAGUGUGUGCUUUGGUGAAAACACGGAGAUUCUGAGAUAUUUACAAUUGGAGAAAGAAAGGAAAGCGAAGGCGGUCUGUUGUUUGGUGUUCAGCUCAAGCCUUGUUGAAUGAAUCGAGGGGCGAUGGGAUGAAUGUUGUGGCGGAGGCAGGGAGUGCUGUGUGUGUGCGUCUUAUGUGCCUUGUUCCUUUCACAAACAAUCCGUUGGUCGAGGGGUUUUGGAUGGGUGAGGGAUGGAGGCGGUGAGCAGAGCCCCGGAGAUUCAGCAGCAAGUCGAGAAGAAGAAGCUGCACCGAGCGCCGUCUCCGGCCAGACCCAAAGCGAUCCGGGGCUGGUCGGUGGCGAAAUCCAAAUGUAACCCGGGCUCCAAGCCGGCUCUGGGGAUCUCCCAGUGCCGCCUCUCCCGGCACAGCCCGGCUCUCAAGGACAUCAAACUGGGCAAAAUGCCCGCGGCUAAAGCGGCGGCGGUGAAGAAGCCGGAGAAAGGAGGUGGUGGUGGUGCUGGAGGAGGAGGUGGCGGGGUGAAAGGCAGCGCCAGCGGCAAGAGGAAGAAGAUCCAGCGGCUCGCCAGCGCUGCCGCUCCGGCCCCGGGCACCGACUCCAGCUGCAGCUCCAGCAUCAGCUCCGAGCUCUCCGACUGCCCGUCCGAGCAACUCUCCGGCAUCCUGUCCCCCGGGGCCAGCGAGCACCGGGACGGCUGCCCCACUCCCCCCGGCCAGGAGGACGGCGGAUCCUCGGCCAGCGGCGGGCACUCGGACGGAGCGUCCGGAGCCAAAUCCCCGUCGAUGGGGAGCCGGCUUCAUGUCAGCAACUCGCUGGCCUUUUCCGAUUUCAGCGAAGAAUUCGUUGACAGCAUCCAGGAGGAAUUCCUGAAAGAGAUCGAGGAGCUUCGGUCUGAAAACGAUUAUCUGAAGGAUGAAAUUGAGGAGCUUCGAGCUGAAAUGCUAGAAAUGAGAGAUAUCUAUUUAGAAGAAGAUGUUUACCAGCUCCAGGAACUUCGUCAAGAGCUAGACAGGGCAAACAAAACUUGCCGGAUCCUUCAAUAUCGGCUGCGAAAGACUGAACGACGAAGCCUCCGAGUAGCUCAGACAGGCCAAGUUGAUGGAGAACUAAUCCGGAGUUUGGAGCAAGAUGUGAAGGUUUCAAAAGAUGUGUCUGUAAGACUUCACAAUGAACUGGAAGCUGUGGAGAAGAAGAGAAUAAAGUUAGAAGAAGAAAAUGAAGAUCUUCGACAGAAGCUCAUUGAAAUGGACGUCUCCAAACAGGUGCUACAGAAUGAAGUGGACAAAAUGAAAGAGAGCUCCCUGAAAAAACGAGGUAGCCGCGUUGCUACAAAACCAGAAAAGAAACCCAUGCUGCAGGAGGAUAGUGCUGAUCUGAAAUGUCAGCUCCAUUUUGCCAAAGAAGAAGCUGCUGUGAUGUGCAAAAAGCUGACCAAGUUAGUAAAAGAGAAUGAAAACAUGCGAGAGGAGCUGGUGAAGUACAGCUCUCUCUACGGUGAUUUGGACAAUGCGGUGUCUAUUGGAGACAUUGGAGAAUCUCCUCAUGUCAGAGAAGCUGAGCUAAAAUUGCAUCUAAAGCUGGUCGAAGAAGAAGCCAACAUUUUGAGCAGAAGAACAGUUGAGCUGGAGGUCGAAAACCGUGGACUGAAAGCCGAAAUGGAUGAUCUAAAGGGUCACGGUGAGAAAGACUCCUCAAACCAGGAUAUCAGACUGGGAAUUACCAGCACAAGCUACGGUGAGUUUGGGGAGAAUGUUGGGGAGCUCAGGCGUCACCUUCAGUUUGUGGAAGAGGAGGCAGAGCUUCUGAGGCGAUCCUUAAUUGAGAUGGAGGACCAAAAUAAGCACCUCAUGAAUGAACUGAAUAGAUAUAAAUCUGAGUCCAAUCAGGAGUCGUCAUGGUCAGAUAGUUGUCCCUCGUUGACCGAACCUUCCCAAGAAGAGCUAAUGACAGCAAGACUCCAAAUCAAUGACCUCAAUGGGAAAGUCAAGAAGCUGGAAUAUGAGAAUCGUGUGCUCGUUUCAAACCUUCAGCGUUAUGACUUGGCAUCCUACCACUGCCAAAAAUGUUCCCGAGAGCUUGAUGCUGACAUUAGUGACUCUGCAGGGAUGUCUUCACCCCAGUCAAGGAGAGAAGUACCAGUUGGAGGAGAAAAUGAUUCAAGGGAAACUCAAGAGAGAACCUCUGGUAGUGGAAGCAGCAGAAUUGCUGAUCAUGAUGAUGUUUCUGCAAAAUUCUUUGGAAGGAAAGACCUAGAGAUUCUGUUUAGCAUUAAAGAUCAAGCUGAACUUGUUCGCGAAGUCAUUGAUCUCUUAAUUUCAGACACAAGUGGCUUAAAUUCUGGUGUCAAGCUUUGUUCAACUAUUGAUUUGCCAAAUCAAUCCUUCAGUGAAAGUAAUGAUGAAGCUGCUAAUGCCAAUGAUCCUAAACUAAUGAGCAGCAUUAAUUCAAGGCUACUUGGCUUAAAGACUGAGUUGGCAUCAGUUACUGAGAAAAUUGAUUGUCUGGGCGAAACUAUCAGAGAAGAAAGCAGAAGUUUGUCCCCUUUACCCCAUCUAACAGAGUCAGCAAGCUUUCUAUCCACAAUGACAACAAUGUCUCAGGACUUGCCCAUGGAUUCUGUUGGAAAAGACUUCACAGCAGAUUUAAAGCAGCCUGACUUUAGGGAUCAAGUGGACUGGCAGCAAGAUGUUAGCCAUACCCCGGAGAUCUGUGUAGCCAAUUCUGAUACCAAGGAGUACGGAGAAAAUGCCAAGGAUUAUACGGCUAAGGAUUAUAACAUCUACACCCAUGAGGAAAGUGACUCCUAUGCUUCAGAGGUCAAGGAACUACAACUUGAUUUAUCUGAAGCUAAGGAGACUAUCCGAGGACUGCAAGAACAGCUUGUUCAGGAAAGAGAGCUUCGAAAUGAAGAUGCAAUGAGAUUUCAACAGAAAAUGUCACAGCUUAAAGAGGAACAACAAAAGGCUCUUGUGCGAAGAGACUUUGAGCUGCAGAGCCUGAAUUUGCAAACCAGACUUGAGCAGAAAUUCUGGAGUCAAGAGAAAAACCUGUUUGUGAAGGAAGCAGAUCAAUUCAAACAAAACCUCUUCCUUCUCUACAUGAAACUGAAAUGGUUCCUGAAACAUUGGAAAUGUGGCAAGAAAAUGGAUAAUGACGGUGAUGAUUUACUAGAGGUUAACAGUGUGAAAGAUUUAUAUUUGCUGAUUGAAGAAGAGGAGCUGACCCCUCGCCAAGUGGACAAUAAGACUGUGAAAACAGAUGACCAAUCUCACAAUAUCCUUGAGGAGGCUUUGACUGUUCCAGUGGAGAAAUCUCCUCCUACAUUAUGUGCAAAGCAGUCAAAUGAAUAUAGUAGAGUUGUGGGAGACAUUAAAAUGAUUUUGAAGGACCUUUGUACAGAACUAAAGGAGGAAAGAAGGCGAACAAAUGAUCUUCAACACGAGUUUGCAAACGCCAAGUCAGCCUGGGAGAUAGAAAAAGUGGAGCUCAAAAGUCUUAUUGCACAACUGGAAGGUAGGGCUGGCAAAAUGACAUCUGAGAAAACUCCUGGUGAUAUGAAAUCUGCUUUGAAAUGGGAGAGAGAAGAACAUCAACAACUCCUCGCAGAGUCGUACAGUGCAGUUAUGGAUCUAACACAGCAACUUCAAAUCAGUGAAAAGAACUGGAGUCAAGAGAAAUUAGAGUUACUGGACAGAUUUAAUAAUGAGCGGAGCCACAGCGAGCAGCGUCUGAAGGAAAUGCAACAUAAAAUCAAUCAGAUGCUGCAACACAGAAACAAUGAAAAGGAAACAUCAGAUGAAUUAGAGGCUAAAGGAACUAAUUUGCAACGGGCCAAAUCAGUUUCUUCCAUGUCUGAGUUUGAGAGCUUGUUGGACACAUCUCCGUAUUUACCUCCACCCUCUACACCCCUGCCAAAAGGUUUAAAUGAUCUUGAGGAGCUGAACAAGAAAAACUGGAAACACAAGAAUGCUAACGGUGCAUUAUUAAAUGAAAAAUCGGAAAGUGCGUUGAUCAACCAGUCAGAUGUGGAGAUGCCUGCAAUUUCAUCAUGGGAUUUCACUAUGACAGGAAAUCUAGUUAAUCCACAUCUCAACACAAAACAAAUACAGAGGAGUUACACAGCACCAGAUAGAACUGGUAUUCGCAUUUACUACAGUCCACCAGUCGUGCGUAGAAUGGAUGGUUCUUUAGUUCAGAACAAUGAGGGAAAGAUUAUGAUUGAACCAGGUUUUCUGUUUACCAUGGCAAAACCCAAACAAACUGAGGACAUGGAGUUCCAUCCAGAGAAGGUGCGCAAUAAGUGGUUUAAUAACUUUUCCAAGCACCGGGAUCUAUUGGAAAGUGGCACUGGAGAACAUCCUGUUUCUGUUUCUGCUACUGCUGCUGUUACUGGGUUUCCAUCUGCGCUGCAUGAUCUGCAAAUAUCAGGUAAUAUGAGUGAUGACAUGAAGGAGGCUGCCAACUGUGUCAGAAAUGUUAUUUGUACAAGUUCAAUGGAAAGGAAGGUUAAUACUGCAAGCCAGACUGUUGCAGUUAUCAGUGUGGGCACUCAGACCACCCGAAGUAUUAGUAUUGGGCUGCAGACCGAGAGUCCAAGAUCGAUCUCUAGUAGCCUGCAUCGGUCAUGGGCAUCCAGGGGCUCCUUACUGAUGCCAACCCAGAGUUCACGGAGCAAACAACUCUCUUCAUCACUGGAAAAGGUGCCAACUAAGUUUGAACGCCCUUGCUGUUCACCCAAGUAUGGCUCACCAAAGUUGCAAAGAAGAAGCUCAUCGAAAAUAGAUCAUACAAGAGAGCGGAGUCCAUGGGCUAUGUCUCACAGAGGACAAAAUGAGUCAGCCUGGGCUAGGUCAACUACAACGAGGGAUAGCCCAGUGCUCAGCUCAAUCAAUGAUGGAUUGUCCAGUUUGUUCAAUGUUGUUGAACAUCCAUCUGGAAGUGUCGACUCCAUCUGGAAAUCAAGCCAACAUGAGACGAAAACGAAAGGUGAUACAUCAAGAUAUGGGAUUGUUCAGGAGUUUUUCAGAAAUGUGUGUGGCAGAUCCCAGAGUCCAACAAAUGGAGCUGACAAGCCACUCAAAGAUCCAGUUUCUGAAGAAAGUGUCCGAAAAACAGAUGUGGCUGCUCCUCCGGGCCAAUCACAGAUAGACAGUGUUUCCCGAAUUGUAAAUAAAAGACUUCCCAAGCAACCAAACAAGGAGGACCAAAAACCAACACCCUGUCCGGCGCAGGGAGCGAAAGAUCCAGACACACGGGAUGCAUGUGGAGCACCUGGUCUACUUGAGGAAACAUCAUGUGAUUGUGCAUCUCAAUCACUCACCUCCUGCUUUCCAUCCAGAUCGUCGGUUCGCCAUUCGUUAUCACAGUGUAAAUCACGAUCUUUACCUUCAGACCCUAACGUGGCUGACGAUAAGUCAGGCUGAAUCGUGAACUAUGCCGGGGCAAGAAAACAACUUUACGUGGGCUAAAAUAAUCUCUGCAACUUCUGCUUUCUCUGAGAGCUUAAGUGAAUUUUUCAGAGACAUUUAGAAAAGAUGUUCAGGUUUUAUUGUCGUGGUCACUGUAGAUUGAAAGGUAAAAACUAUAGAGGUAAAAACUCAAGAAAAUCUAAGGUAUCUAAGUUAUAAUGUGUAGGUGCUGGAUCAUUUCUGUAAU